UUUCUUUUACCCGUUCUUCCCUUUUGACCGUUAUGUCUAUUCUCAAUUUUUCUUCAAAUCUUCAAUGGUCAAUAUUCAAAUCCUAACUCCUUCUUCCUAAUAUGCAACAACAUACUAAUUCUCUCUCUUCGGUUUGAAUGCUUCUCUCUUAGAAUACUAUUUUCUUGGGUCUAACUUUGAACACACUGAUUCCUGUGUAUGAAACCAAGGACCCUGACCCUCUUCUUAUAUAUCACAACUCACACAUGAGACAUGACAUGCAUAUCUCUGUGAUUCUCUAUAAUAUAUAACUACACCAACAAACCCUUUUAAUAUCUCAUCAAAUUCUUUCACCAGAAACCUCAAUUCACGUUGCAGAAACAGUUUUGGCUUCUUUAAUCAGGUUGCUAGAGAUGGUGUUGGGAUGGAGGAGGAGGAAGGGAAACAGAAAGCACAGCAAAGGUGGGAAACCCGUGAUGGAGUUGGUGGUUCCGAACCACUUCAGGUGUCCAAUUUCUCUUGACACGAUGAAGGAUCCUGUGACACUGUCAACCGGGAUAACCUACGACAGGGAGAAUGUGGAGAGGUGGUUUGAAGAAGGGAACAUCACAUGUCCGGUUACCAACCAGGUUGUGAGAAACUUUGACAUGAUUCCAAACCACUCUCUCAGGAUGAUGAUCCAAGAUUGGUGUGUGGAGAAUAGGCAACAUGGGGUGGAGAGGAUUCCGACACCAAGAAUUCCAAUCAGCCCAAUUGAGGUUGCUGAGCUUCUGAUGCAAGUGAAGAACUCGGCAAGGGGUUUGGACCAAUAUGGCUGUCUUGAAUUGGUGCAGAAAAUGAAGAAAUGGGGUGAGGAGAGUGAGAGGAACAAGAGGUGCAUAGUGGAUAAUGGAGCACCUGUGGCAUUGGCUUCAUCGUUUGAUGCAUUUGCCAAUGACUCGGUGGAGAGAAACGUGGUGGUUCUUGAGGAGAUUCUGUCAGCUCUGAAUUGGAUGUUUCCACUACAACUUGAGGCACAAAAGUCCUUGGGAUCUUUGGCUUCUCUAAGGUGCAUGGUUUGGUUCUUGAAGCACCAAGAUCUCUCAGGGAAAGAGAAGUCCAUUGUGGCAUUGAGAGAGCUUCUUUCGUUCGGUGAUGUACAGCAUGUGGAGGCUUUGUCACAGAUUGAAGGGGUGAAUGAGCUCUUGGUGGAGUUCAUCAACAAGAGGGUCAGUCCAACCAUCACAAAGGCUUCAUUGAGGGUGGUUUGGUACAUGGUCUCAUCCUCUUCAAAUUGCAGUGAGAAAAUGAAAUUGGCAUUUGUUGAACUGGGUUUGGUUUCUUGUUUGCUUGACAUUCUGAUUGAGUCAGAGAAGAGCAGGUACGAGAAGGCUUUGGCCAUUUUGGACUCUCUGUUCAGCUGUGAAGAAGGAAGAAACAAAGGGUGUGGGAAUGAUCUAACAGUUCCUCUUUUGGUGAAGAAAAUUCUGAGAGUUUCACCUUUGACCACAGACUAUUCUGUCUCUGCCCUUUGGAAGCUUUGCAAGUUUGGUGAAAAAGACGAAGGAAGAACCCUUCUUGAGGCCCUUCAAGUCGGUGCCUUUCAGAAGCUCUUGCUGGUUUUGCAAGUUGGUUGUGGUGAUGAAACCAAGGAGAAAGCAACAGAACUUCUCAAGUUGAUGAAUCCUUACAGGGCUGAAUUGGAAUGCAUAGACUCAGAUUACAAGAAUGUUAAGAGAUCAUUUUAACUUUAUCAGUGUGCUUCUUAUUUCUCUUUAUAAUUAUUAUCUGUAACAUUUUUUUUGCCUAAAGAUUGGAUCUUUUCAAUCUCUCUCAUGGCAUGGGAUUCCAAGAAUCCACAAGUAGAUAGGAAAAUAGAAAUUAUUCUUUUUGUAUAUCACAAAUGAAAUGAUA